AUGGAUGUCUUCUCGCAGACUCUCGUUACAGGAGCAAUCGAUUGUGUUAUCGACUUUAAAUUAGAAACCUAUUCUUCAAAAAUGGUUACGAGCGAAAAGAAGCAGUGGAAAUCCAAUGACAAAUCUGUGAUUUGGGACGAACGUCAGCCGUUGGGAUCAUAUGAAGAGACGGUGAUGAGCGCAUCGCCUAGCGUGGGUCACAAUCACCGCCUUCGACACCUCUCCGAGCGAUCGUGCUCUGGAGGAUCAGACAACGACUUUGACAACAAUGAUUACCUGAUAAAGGAUUCAAUUUCCCGAAAAAGAUUAUAUGAUCUAACGCAAGUUCUCAACUGUUCGUUUCCUGAUCAUGACUUUACGAAUGCGAAUAGCGAGGCUUUCGCUCUCGUCAAUUAUACCGAUUUGAGUCGUCUUGUUGACAUGAAAUUGGAGACAAUCGUCAGAGAUUAUCACAUCAGAAGAGAAGAAUUGUGGGGGCUCAUUGACGACGCGAUUGUGCCCGGCGAUUGUCAAAUCUACAGUUUCAAAUCGCAGUUCGAAGAUGAUCCGUUUACCGAGGACGGCUGCAUCUGGGCUCUUGCGUUUAUUUUCUAUAACAAAGCUCUCAAACGUUUUGUUAUCCUUACGAUUCGUUGUCUAUCGAAGCAAGCUGACACUUCAAUCGAGAUAUUCCCAGAUUUCAGUGAAGACGAAGCCGAGCCACAUGAAAAAUAG